AGCUUCCAACAAUAUCAUCCCUACCUCAUCAUCAGAUCAUCGAGCUCACUGAUCAGUCAUUUGCUCAUGUCUUUAUCAUCACAUUCUCUGCAAUAUUAAUUGCUUCGACUAGCCUACGUACCUUAUAAAUUCUUCGUUCCUCAGCUACUACUUUAUUUUCCUCUUAUUCUAAUCUUAUCAGUACAGAAUAUAUGCAUUACCAGACCGAGUCUAGUUGGGGUUCCUAUAUGCCAACAAGGAGUAAUACUGCCAGCGUGGGGGAUCCACUAGAGCGCAUAGAGAGGCUGGCCUCAGAGAACGCUGUGGUCAUCUUCAGCAUCAGCACCUGUUGCAUGUGCCAUGCCAUAAAGCGCCUCUUCUGUGGAAUGGGGGUGAACCCAACUGUGCAUGAGCUGGACCAGGACCCAAGAGGCGGCAAAGACAUGGAGACCGCUCUAAUGAGACUCUUGGGAAGCUCCUCCGCCGUCCCCGUGGUGUUCAUCGGUGGCAAACUUGUUGGAGCAAUGGACAGAGUCAUGGCCUCCCAUAUCAAUGGCACUCUGGUCCCUCUUCUGAAGGAGGCUGGGGCUCUCUGGCUCUGAUUAUGUUCUCUCUUCCUUUGAAAUUUAUUAAAUGGCUUUGAUUUACAUAAACACAGAGAUAGGAAGGCAUGCAGAGGAAGAGGAGUACGACUAGUAGUGUUUGUGAGUCUCUAGCUAGCUCUUGUGUUUUUGGACAGUACGCUAUUGACCAACUAAUGUGUUAGUUCCUACACCUUGUUCAUCUUUGUUGGUUUGCUUUGUUCUCUCACUAAACCGUGUCGCAGAGAGAACUGUAAGUGCUCCCUCCUCUGUAUACAUGAAGAAAAGGACAAAAAAAAAAAAAAAAUGGUUAACUCUGA